GCGCAGCCUGUCACCUCCCCUCCGUCGAGCUGUCAGUCGACAGCAGCACACAUGAACCUCGGCGCUGCAGGCGGAGCUGAUCACCCGUCGAUUCACGUCUAGAUAGCCGCUCCUCGGCGUUAUAUUUGUAUUCAGGCGGGGCACGAACAUGACAGGAUACUCCGCUGUCAUCUCUGCGGACUGAGCACGUAAGGAGGGCUGAGCCGCUAUCCAGUGUUAGCUCACAGGCUACGGAGACCGGCUCGGCUUCGUGCAGUCGGUUGGCUUUACGUUACGUAGCCGACGAAGGUCGGAGGGACUCGCGUUAGCUGGUUAUUAAGAGCGUUCAGUUAGUCAUUCGUGUCAUUUUUAAUAAUUCGCUUUAAGGCUGCACAGUAAUCCGCGUUUCCUUCUUCUUCUUUUUUUCGUUUUCAUAAUUUGUACUUAAUUUAACGUUACCGUUUGAUGCUUGCUAGCUAGCGCGCUAUUCGGCUAUGCUAACGCCAGCUCGGUGAGAGCUCGCAUCAUCAUCCCUGGGGUUUGCGGAGAGCCUCGAGACUCGUCGAGGAAGCAAGAGAGGUGACUAAUGAUGUGGGCUGGGGGAAGCGGCGGAGUGUCAGGCGAAGGGGAGCAGCAGUAUUAGCUUCGACGCGUCGCAUUGUCGAGGUAGCGCCGUAGCGUCAGCCAAACCGUCUGGGAGGUUUGCGUGAAGAGCAUAAUUUGGGGGGCACUUCGAUUUGCGAGCUGGCUAAAUGAAUAGUAUUGGUAUUACUGAGUCGUGAGCGAGUGGCCACUGUGCCAGCUUCAGGGGAGACACGGUCAAGAUUACCGCACAGACUGCAACCACCGACCACUUUGCUUAAAGAUGGCUUCAGCGAGCAGCAUUGCCGCAGCUAUUGCGAGCAAAACGAAGACUAAGAAAAAGCACUUCGUCGCUCAGAAAGUGAAGCUCUUCCGUGCCAGCGACCCUCUGCUCAGCGUGCUGAUGUGGGGAGUCAACCAUUCGAUAAAUGAGUUAAGCCAUGUUCAGAUUCCCAUCAUGCUCAUGCCAGAUGACUUCAAGGCCUAUUCUAAGAUCAAAGUGGACAACCACCUAUUCAACAAGGAGAACAUGCCCAGCCAUUUCAAGUUCAAGGAGUACUGCCCUCUGGUGUUUCGAAACCUCAGAGAGAAGUUUGGCAUCGAUGAUCAGGACUUCUUGAACUCUCUGACACGCAGUGCUCCUUUGAACAGUGAGGCCCAGGGACGGAGCGGGGCCCGCUUCCACACAUCUUAUGACAAACGCUACGUCAUCAAGACCAUCACCAGUGAGGAUGUGGCGGAGAUGCAUAACAUUCUAAAGAAAUAUCAUCAGUUCAUCGUGGAGUGCCAUGGCAACACACUGCUGCCUCAGUUUCUGGGGAUUUACCGGCUCACCGUGGAUGGAGAUGAGACUUACAUGAUUGUCACACGCAAUGUCUUCUCUCACCGCCUUUCCGUCUUCAAAAAAUAUGAUCUCAAGGGUUCCACUGUGGCAAGAGAGGCCAGCGACAAGGAGAAGCAGCCGCCCCAACCAGAGGACGUGCCCCCGCGGCCCAAAUCUGGUAACGUUCAGCAAAGGCUGCAAACACUGCGGAUUGCCACGCGCUUUUACUGCGCCAUGAAACACGUAAGAGAUGCAAAGGAGCUUCCCACCUACAAGGACAAUGACUUCAUCAAUGAUGGGCAGAAGAUCUGCAUUGAUGGGGAAAAUAAGAAAAUGUUCCUGGAGAAGCUCAGGAAAGAUGUAGAGUUCCUUGCCCAGCUGAAGCUCAUGGACUACAGUCUGCUGGUGGGGAUCCACGAUGUGGAAAAAGCCGAGCAGGAAGACGUGGAGAGCGAGGACAAUGAGCCUGAGGAGGACGGUGAGAGUGACGGAGGAGGCAUUGGAACACCGCCCGACAGUCCCAGCAACACCUUGGACAGCAACAAGCCUCUGUCACCUGGAGAGUUUGAUCCCGCCAUUGACGUCUACGCCAUCAAAAGCAACGAUAGUGCUCCCAGGAAGGAAGUUUACUUCAUGGCUAUCAUCGACAUCCUGCAGCAUUACGAUGCCAAGAAGAAAGCUGCUCACGCCGCCAAGACUGUCAAACAUGGAGCCGGAGCGGAGAUCUCCACGGUGAACCCAGAGCAGUACUCCAAGAGGUUUUACGAUUUCAUCACCACUAUCCUGUCAUAGCCUCCAGGAGCGACAGGGGGCACAGAGGCACAUAUGAAAGGGAGGGCAAAGGGGAAUAGGGCGAGGCAGAGAGGUGACAGAGAGGAAGAAAAAAAAAAAAAAACAUUGUGAGGGUGAAUUAAUAAGGUGCUGUGAUGGCUUUUAUCACUCUCCUUCAUGCAUUUUCCUCAUCCCUCCCUGUUUGUUUCUCUCUCUUUCAAUGGCAUGCCAUGCUCUGCAGCUAAAAAAAGAAACGUCAUUCGUUUACAUUUAACCUCUCCUCUGUUGACUUUUGCUCAUGUGUUACUUUGAAUGAUAAGGGUGUCGAAAGCAAGCAUCCAUGACAUUACGUUUUCUGUGUUGUUUUUUAUAUAUCAUUUGUUUUUUUUCUGUAUGGUUGUUUAUGUGGGAAUAUGGCUUUUUAUUGCAUCGAAUACAACAUCCAGCCUGAGAUGAAGGGGAGUGUAGAGGUCAGAUUACGGCACACAGUGAGGUUCCUCUUGCAAAGAGAAGGCUUAAGCGGGAUGUAUCGAGGAAGUUCAUGUUGAGCCUCGCCUAAUGCAAUUGCUUCAUUUCAGGGAGUGGGAAGCAGUCUUCCAAUAGGCCAACAGCCAGACGCCCCGCCACCCAAAUGCUAUACAAGCACUCGGCCAAACCAAUAUUCCCAUUUGGGUUCCUUCUACACCCCCUAACCUUUAGACGCCACCCCAUCUCCACCUUUUCCUUUUGUGCACAGUGAAUGAAUUGUGCUUCUGGGUUAUCCUCUUGCCACACACUCACAACAACAAUCAUUUCUCAUGAGCUGAGAUGAGUUCACUUGUUGCAGUAAAUUCUGAUGCUUGUUUCCAGCACGAGUUGCACCUCAGUGGUUGUCAGUGCUUUGUCUGUUUCGCUUUGUUGUGACGCACAGUGAUUUUAAGAAUGAUUAAGGGAAGGAUAUGUACCUAGAAAUGAGGAAAAGAGGCAUUAGAGCAUACAGUAAAUGUUGUUCACUGUCAUUCCCUCUGAAUACGUUGGGCAUUGUUAUGUAGGCCUGGUUCCUGUUCCUGUGGCAGGGAAUGACCCAGAUCUCAUGUGGCUGUCGUGAUUAAGAGUAAGUCACUCUUUGUUAUAUCUUCAUAUAGGGUGUCAGAUUGAAACAUCAACCGCCCAUAACUUUCUGUUGCCAUCAGCACCUUAUGAAAGAAAUCAAAAAAUGUUGCACUUUUAUUUGUUAUUUGAUGUUAGGAGCUCUUGUUCUGUUACUUGUGCUGCAACAAAGAGGGAAAGGCACUCUGCUCUUAAAGAAUUGAAUCUUUAGGGGCCUGAUCUCAGAUCCUGUCUCCUCCUGUCCUCCUCCUUUCUCACCUGCGGGUGCGCUUACUGUCAGGAUUGGUGAGGAAGACUUUACUGCAAUAUCACACGGAAAAGUGGACAAGUUCUAUUUACAGGGCUUUUGUAAACAAACCUUCCAAUCCUUUUCAGAAGUGCUCUGGGGUGUCGGAUUGGUGGGGCUGUGGGCCAGGCAACGGUGUGAGUGUGCUUGUGCUUGUGCGUGAGUGUGCAGGCAGAAGACUGUUUACCUCCAGCAUCGUACCAGCACACACUCAAUGAUGGCGAAUGAUGUGCGUGUCAGUGUUCAAUACUUGUAGGUGGGGGGGGAGAAAAGGGAAGGGGAGAUCGGGAAGAGUAGCUGCAGAUGUAAAGAUGUGCAUUAAGUCAGCGGCACCAACAGCGUCUUUCUCUUCUCCAACCUCUGCUGUGAGUCUGUUAUUCAUCGUUGUUUGUGUUGUUGUUGUUGUUGACAUUUUUAAAGGUGGUUUAUCUGUGUUUGAAUUUGGCGGUUUUAUAAAUUAACGUUGUAAUAAUCGUUUUGUUUCUGUAUAUUUUGCACAAGAGGAAAGGAACCAAAUGUUAUGAAUACGAUCCCAAUUAGUUGAUAUAGUCUUAACAAGGGAAAUGCAAUAUACUUGUGUGUAAGUGAGAAAAGUUGUGCGUGUGAUGUUGUGUAUCACUUCUGGAUAACCAACUAAAACAUGUAAAGUCGUCCUCCUUGACCUUUUGUAACCCAUGCAAAAAGCUUCCAUUACAAUAUCUUUGUUAGGAAUCACAUUUAUAUUUUUACAUUGGAUUUUAGUCAUGAAAUAUAGUUUUAUUAUAAAAAAAAAAAAGGAGCCACCCUUGAGAAUGAAUGAGGGUGCUGUGGUAAAUGAAGAAUGAUACUGCUUGAAUUUACACAAUACUUACGAUAGAUGUACUUAAAAAAAAAGAAAAAGAUAUUAAAAAAAACUUGCAUGUCACAGGACUAAGUUUCCUUCUCCCUCGCUAGUCUGUGUUGUUGGCCGUUCAGGUUCUCUUUGUGUCCCACACUUUAACCAGAAUUGUGAGCUGUUCAGCAUAAAAUAGUCCCUACCAUGCUUUAAAUAAAUGUUUUUCAUUGUAUACACUGUGCAAGAUGUGUGCCUUUAUACUCCAAAAUUAUUUAAUUUUAUAUUUUGUAAUCUUUUCUUUUUUUUUUUAAACAAAGGUAAAAGGUUAUUUUAACAAUAGGGUAUGUACUUUAUUCUCAACCCCCUGCUCAACCUUUUUCCACUCCAGCACCUCUGUAUUUGAAUUUCUUUCAUAUUAUUCAGUCAGUUUAACAACACCAUUCGACUGAUUGUGUUUUAACCAACAUAAAAAAAGUGAAUAGCUGUCUUGAAUUUGAAUAUGGUGGAUUGGUUUGGAUUCUGUAAAUUCAACCCUGUCAUUGUGAUUAUUCAGUGUGUACGGUCGUCCCUUUCCUCCUCCGAGUGAGGCGGCGUCUGCUGAUAUUAAUCCCUUAUUCACGCUGGUGCUUCAUAAAGAAUGUGCGUGUGUGGAAGUACAUUGUGAAAAGUGGUUGUGUUUUGUCGUACCCGUCCUCGCUAACUGACAGCUCCCCCACCCUCACCUCGGGAGUCUGUCAGCAUCUUCAUCACGUUUACUUUCUAACCACAGAUUUCAGGAAUGUGUUUUGGGUUUUUUUUUUGUUGUUUUUUGUUUUGUUUUUUUUAAAUACACAAGUGUUUGUCCAAAAUUUCAAUUCCCGACUAUAAAUCUCCGACGCAUUUCUGAAACCGGUUUAUGUGUUCUUAAGUUUUGUGUAACCCAGAUCGCCCGUUUGUUGUUAAGGAAGGUCAUCAGCAGUUCAUCCUGAGUCAGUGGUAAUUGAUAUUUCAGUGUUCUUUCAGUAUUUAUGGGCUGUUUUGUUUCUAUUGUCACAUAGCUCAUACUGUACAUAGGUUGUGUCAUAAAGAAAACAGGGAAUGAGGGAACAUAAUCAUCUUCUAGUCUGCUUUGCACUGUUUGGCCCUGGAGGCCUCCCUGUGGUCAGAUAUCAGGAAGUAGAAAACAGAGCAGUGCAUGCUGGGAGAGCGAUUUUCUUUUCUGUUUUGUUUUGGGAAUAUUAACUCUGGAUCUUAUGUAAGGAAGGCGAUGAUGAUGAUGCCAGAACUAAACAGAUGCAAAUUAAUAUAGAUAAUAACACAUGCGCCCUGCUGCUGUACUUUGAAUCUAAUAAGUCCUCUCUUUUGUGACUUCUCUCAUGAGCUCCGUCACCCACCAACCCCACCCGCCAGUCAACCUGCUGCCACCUUAACAUGCCAAAAGCAUCUUCCAAUGUCAGAACUACCACACAUGAGCUUGAAGAACAUUGUGUAUAGUAUAAUGUGUGUUUGUUUGAACUGAAUUUGUUUUUUUUGUUUUUUACAUGCACUGGGAAAUGGAGCACGGAGUGCUUCACUGAUGUGUGAACUUGUCCAACGUUAUGAGAAACAACCCAGUGUUCAGCGUGUACGGGGAAAUCUGAUUUACAAAUCCAAAUGACCGGAAGCCAGGCAAGAUCUGCAGAGAUGGGGGGGGGGGGCACAGUUUGGGCUUCGAGGUUCUAAAUAAAUAAAUUGUGGAGGAAAGACUUUUUUUUAAUUUUAUUUUUAUGUAUUGAGUUAUUUGAAUUUGCAUGUUAGAUUCAAGUCAACUGUGUGUUUGUGUGUGUGUGUGUGUGUGUGUGUGUGUGUGUGGUUCUCUUUCAGUGGCAGAGAGGCCAAACUGAUGUAUGUUUUAUUGUUCUUCACAUUUGAUGAUGAUGAGAAUAUACUCCAUUCCAUAAGCGUUCACUCAAACAAAUUAAAGCACUUGUUCUGCUUAA